UUCAGAGCGGGCGCUCCGAGGCUAGAGGGAAGGAGAAGGGAUCAGGAGCGGGAGCUGAGGGAAAAGAGGUCGGUCCGGGUCUGGACGCUGUCGCUGCUCGCCCGAGGUCUGCAGGCCGGGCUGCGGCUCAGUCCUCGGCUCCUGGGCACAGUCUACGAGGCUCCGCCGGGCCAGCGUGGGAGAGUCGCAGGCGGCGGUCGCCGCAUCAUGUCAACCAAGGACGAGCGGGCCAGGGAGAUCCUGAGGGGCUUCAAACUAAAUUGGAUGAACCUUCGGGAUGCUGAGACAGGGAAGAUACUCUGGCAAGGAACAGAAGACCUGUCAGUCCCUGGAGUGGAGCAUGAAGCCCGUGUUCCCAAGAAAAUCCUCAAGUGCAAGGCAGUGUCUCGAGAAUUGAACUUCUCUUCAGCAGAGCAAAUGGAAAAAUUCCGCCUGGAACAAAAAGUUUACUUCAAAGGGCAAUGCCUAGAAGAAUGGUUCUUCGAGUUUGGCUUUGUGAUCCCUAACUCCACAAACACCUGGCAGUCCCUGAUAGAGGCAGCGCCCGAGUCCCAGAUGAUGCCAGCCAGCGUGCUAACUGGAAAUGUUAUCAUAGAGACAAAGUUUUUUGACGACGAUCUUCUUGUAAGCACAUCCAGAGUGAGACUUUUCUACGUUUGAGAGAAGAAUAUGUGUGCAUUUCAAGAAUUCAUUUUUUUAGGGGGAAGGAAGAAACUGUUUACUUUUUUCCUCUAUACAUUUGAUUUUUGACACUUCCACCCCUAAUUCCCUCUACGGCAAAACCCACCUGCGGCCACCAGGGGACCAGCUCUGUGUAGGUAACCAGAUGGCUUUUUUCUCUCAAGCCACCAUCUUCAACCGACCAGAUUAAACUCCCAAUCCCAGACCAGGGCAGAGGGCAUGCCUCAACUCCUUUUUGGAGUAGACACAGAGACAAACACAUACCACAAGCUGUUCCCGUCACCCUCCCUGCCUCCUUCUUGGGCCCUGCAGGCAACACAUCUUCCUUUGGCCCCUGGUUUUGGAAAAAUUCGAGUUCCUGACCCACAUUUAGUUUUUUCCUACCAUUUCUAUUUCAUACAUUCUCAUACAUUUAACUUGUAAAAUAGACUGUGAUAUUAUUGUUACAUAGUGAAUUAAAACAUAUGAAUUAAAAUAUUCCUAUGUCUUUAGCAUGGCA